AUGGCAGUGGAGAGAAAUGGAACAGACUCGUGUUCCAAUUUAUCCCAUGAAUACAGUUCUGUUCAUGUGUUCCAUGAUUGCACUACUCCCUCGGCGAGAACCGAUUCGAAUGAGCAAGUCGGCUUUGGGUCAGAUAGCAUGGUCCCCGACUCGGUCAACGAUGCAGAAUCCAUCAUGCUAAACGAUACUUUCUGGGAUUUACCUGAAGAAGAAUGCGACAGGAUUAUGCUCUCUGGGCCAGAAAAUGCUGUGGAUCUUUUUUCAAAGACACAAUGCUCUACUCCUUCGUUGGACACAGAUGGCUUUAACUACGGUCUAUCUCCAAUCCAAAUCCCUCUUUCGCAACAUACGGCCGCUUUCAUUGCUGCGCAAACCAAGAAUGCGACGGAAUGUAUCUCUCCUGAGACUGGAAGGAUGGUCUUUUGCGCCGAUCGCCUGUCUAUAUCAGAAGACUGUCAAACCUUGUGCCUUCAGCAGAAAUGUGUAUCUAAAGAGAGCUCCGUUGAAAACGGAUCUCCAGCCGAAGUCAAGUGCGCAGUCCCAGUCACGCUCUACGUAUCAUUCGAUGAAGGUCAAGUUGUCGUGGACAAUGAACACCUCGAAGAGGCUUCGAGAGUAUCUAGAGGUGACGAUAUUGGCAAGAACACCAGAGGUGCUCGAACGUUUAUCCUUCAGCCUGCCCCAGAGGAUGACCAAUUUGCUUUCUCCGUGAUGAGAAACGUCAUACUUGGUAGAGCCUCCGAUAUUCCCGACAAGAUCGACUUCUAUUCAUUCCUCAAUUUCCUGCUUCUAGCAGACAAAUAUAACCAACUCGAUGUUGUUUCCAGGCGCGCUAGGGCUUGGGUGUGGUUCCAUCGUCACCGCAUUCCAGAGACAUUUGAUUCAAGUGCAGUUGCUUGGCUUUGGAUUCUUUGGAAACUUGGAAUGACUUCUGAUUUCAAGAGGUUAUCUGGGAUGGUCCAACAACAUGCCUCGUGGCCCAUCAAUCAAAUGGUCACUGAGUAUCAAGUCUCACUGCCCCAAAACAUCAUAGAUCAGAUAGAGCAGAAAAGAGUCUCGACACUAUCCAAAGUCAAAGAUUUACUGGAUUUUCAUAUUCGAUUGCAUCGACAACAUUACAUGGAAGAAUUUUCAACCCACUACGGUGAAUCGAUUCCGGUUAACCAAGGAAAAGUUCUGACCAAUUCCUCGGUCUUUGGCUAUCUCACAUUGGAAAGUGAGAGAUGGCUUUCAUUGUUCAAUGAGGCGUCUAGAGAUGUGGAAUUUUACGGCGUUAGUUUCAUAAGUGUUUGCGAAAAAGCUAUGUCGAUGAUGGCCCUUAAAGAAUGGGAACUCAAGGCACCACCUUCGGCAAAGUUAAUGAUCGCAUCGGCGGUGAUCCCCGUGCCAGGUAUAAUAAAUGCUUUAGGAUCUGUACGCCCUUCAGUUCCUCUGUCAUCGGGGUUUGAGGAAGAACUUGCAUGCCUGCUCCAAAGUCUCCGCAACGAUGACUGGGGAUUUGUCUUGUCUUGA